CUGCCAAAGAGUUUACCCUGCUCUGCCCUGAGGGGUUGGGACAAAGCAGGUGCAGAGGCACAGCAGAAGCCCAAUACCCAGUCUCCUGAACGAUGCCAGCCCAGUGUCCCCUAACCUCCAGUGUGGUCCUCCUGGUGCUGCUGGGCACGGCAGGUGCAGGCCCCUUCUCUCCACGAUCCAAUGUGACACUUCCAGCUCCACGGCCCCCUCCAAAGCCAGGGGGCCGGACCGUGGGGGCAGGAGGGGGGAACCCUUCUUCUCAGCUUUACGAGCAUACAGUGGAAGGAGGGGAAAAGCAAGUGGUGUUCACCCACCGCAUUAACCUGCCCCCAUCUGCUGGAUGCGGCUGUCCCCCGGGCACGGAGCCCCCAGUUCCUGCUUCAGAGGUGCAGGCCCUGAGAGUCCGGCUGGAGAUCCUGGAAGAGCUGGUGAAAGGGCUCAAGGAGCACUGUACAGGAGGAUGUUGUCCUGCGGCUGCCCAGGCUGGCACAGGACAAACCGACGUGCGGAGCCUCUGCAGCCUCCACGGAGUGUUUGACCUGAGCCGCUGUGCGUGUUCCUGCGAACCAGGCUGGAGCGGGCCCACCUGUUCCGAACCCGCGGAGACCCGGGUGCCCACCUCUCCGCCGGCCGCAGCCUCUGCGUCCUGUCCCGACGACUGCAACGACCAGGGCCGCUGCGUCCGGGGCCGCUGCGUGUGCUUCCCGGGCUAUGCGGGCCCCAGCUGCGGCUGGCCCUCCUGCCCCGGCGACUGCCACGGCCGCGGGCGCUGCCUGCAGGGCGUGUGCGUGUGCCGGGCGGGCUUCGCAGGCCCCGACUGCAGCCAGCGCUCCUGCCCCGCCGGCUGCCACCAGAGAGGACGCUGCGAGGACGGGCGCUGCGUGUGCGACCCGGGCUACGCGGGGGAGGACUGCGGGGUGCGGAGCUGCCCUCGCGAUUGCAGCCAGCGGGGCCGGUGCGAACACGGGCGCUGCGUGUGCGACCCGGGCUACGCCGGGGAGGACUGCGCGGUGCGGAGCUGCCCCCGGGGCUGCAGCCAGCGGGGCCGGUGCGAGGGCGGACGCUGCGUCUGCGAUCCGGGCUACAGCGGCGAGGACUGCGGGGUGCGGAGCUGCCCCCGGGACUGCGGCGAGGGCGGGCGUUGCGUGGACGGCCGCUGCGUGUGCUGGCCGGGCUACGCGGGCGAGGACUGCGGCACGCGCACGUGCCCGCGCGACUGCCGGGGCCGCGGGCGCUGCGAGGACGGCGAAUGCAUCUGCGACGCGGGCUACAGCGGGGACGACUGCGGCGUGCGCAGCUGCCCCGGCGACUGCCACCAGCGGGGCCGCUGCGAGGACGGCCGCUGCGUGUGCUGGCCGGGCUACACGGGCCCGGACUGCAGCACCCGCGCCUGCCCGCGCGACUGCCGAGGCCGGGGCCGCUGCGAGGACGGCGUGUGCGCAUGCGCCGCGGGCUACAGCGGCGAGGACUGCGGCGUGCGCAGCUGCCCGGGCGACUGUCGAGGCCGGGGUCGCUGCGAGAGCGGCCGCUGCGUGUGCUGGCCGGGCUACACGGGCCGGGACUGCGGCACGCGCGCCUGCCCCGGCGACUGUCGUGGGCGCGGGCGCUGCGUGGACGGCCGCUGCGUGUGCAACCCGGGCUUCACGGGCGAGGACUGCGGGAGCCGUCGAUGCCCCGGGGACUGUCGGGGCCGCGGGCGCUGCGAGGACGGCGCGUGCGUGUGCGAGGCGGGCUACGCCGGGGAGGACUGCGGCUCGCGCACCUGCCCCGGCGACUGCCGCGGCCGCGGCCAGUGCCUGGACGGGCGCUGCGUGUGCGACGAGGGCUUCGCGGGCGAGGACUGCGGCGUGAGACGGUGCCCGCGCGACUGCCACCAGCACGGCGUGUGCCAGGACGGCGUGUGCAGCUGCUGGGAGGGCUACGCGGGCGAGGACUGCGGCCUCCGCGCCUGCCCCGCCAACUGCCACGGGCGCGGCCGCUGCGAGGACGGCCGCUGCCUGUGCCACCCCGGCUACACGGGGCCCGCCUGUGCCGUCCGCGCGUGCCCGGCCGACUGCCGCGGCCGCGGGCGCUGUGUGCAGGGCGUGUGCGUGUGCCACGCGGGCUAUGGCGGCGAGGACUGCGGGCAGGAGGAGCCCCCGGCCAGCGCCUGCCCCGGCGGCUGCGGGCCCCGCGAGCUCUGCCGCGCUGGCCAGUGUGUGUGCGUCGAGGGUUUCCGAGGCCCGGACUGCGCCAUCCAGACCUGCCCCGGGGACUGCCGUGGCCGCGGAGAGUGUCGCCAGGGCAGCUGCGUGUGCCAGGAAGGCUAUGCCGGGGAGGACUGUGGGGAAGAGAUGCCAGCCAUUGAGAGCAUGAGGCUGCACCUCCUGGAGGAGACAACUGUUCGGACAGAGUGGACCCGAGCUCCUGGCCCGGUGGAUGCCUACGAAAUUCAGUUCAUCCCCACGACAGAGGGGGUGAGCCCCCCAUUCACAGCACGAGUGCCCAGCUCUGCAUCAGCCUAUGACCAGAGAGGACUGGCCCCUGGUCAGGAUUACCAGGUCACUGUUCGUGCCCUUCGAGGGACCAGCUGGGGGCCUCCUACUUCUAAGACCAUCACCACCAUGAUCGAUGGUCCCCAGGAUCUCCGAGUGGUGGCUGUGACACCAACCACACUGGAGCUCAGCUGGCUGCGACCCCAGGCUGAAGUGGACCGAUUUGUGGUGUCCUAUGUCAGUGCGGGCAACCAGAGGGUGCGGCUGGAAGUUCCCCCUGAGGCAGAUGGGACUCUGCUGACUGACCUGAUGCCAGGAGUGGAAUAUGUGGUGACCGUCACCGCAGAGAGGGGCCGGGCAGUCAGCUACCCAGCAUCCGUCAGGGCCAACACAGGAUCCUCACCCUCCCUGGUGGGGGCCACAACGGAUGAGCCUCCUCCCUCAGGCCCUUCCACGACGCAGGGGGCUGAGGCCCCAAUUGUGUUGCAGAGCCUUCAGGAGCUGGGAGAGUUGAGGGUGCUAGGCAAAGAUGAGACAGGGCAACUCCGUGUGGCCUGGACUGCCCAGCCCGACAUCUUUGCCCACUUCCAACUGAACCUGCAGGUGCCCGAGGGGCCAGGGGCACAUGAAGAACUGCUGCCAGGAGAUGUCCGCCAGGCUUUGGUGCCCCCACCCCCUCCUGGGGCCCCUUACACGCUGUUACUUCAUGGGAUUCUCCCAGGGGGCAAGCCCUCUGUUCCAAUCACCUACCAAGGCAUCAUGGACAGAGCUGAGGAGAAGCCUAGGAAGUCCCCCGGCCCACCUCGCCUAGGUGAGCUGACGGCGUCGGACAUGACCUCUGACUCCCUGCGCCUGCACUGGACGGUCCCCGAGGGAGAGUUUGACUCCUUUCUGAUCCAGUACAAGGAUAAGCAUGGACCCCAGGUGAUACCUGUGGAGGGGCCCCAGCGCUCGGCCCCCAUCACAUCCCUGGAACCAGGCCGCAAGUACAAGUUUGUGCUGUAUGGGCUUGUCGGCAAGAAGAGGCAUGGCCCCUUGGUGACUGAAGCCAAGAUCUUGCCUCACAGUGAGCCCAGCCCAGGAACCCCACCCCGCCUGGGAAAUCUGUGGGUGACAGAUCCCACCCCAGACUCUCUGCGCCUCUCCUGGACUGUCCCUGAAGGCCAGUUCGACUCCUUCAUGGUUCAGUACAGGGACAAGGAUGAACAACCCCAGGUGAUACCUGUGGAAGGGCCUGAGCGCUCAGUUGUUGUCUCCCCCUUGGACCCUGACCACAAGUACAGAUUCACCUUGUUUGGGAUUGCCAACAAGAAGCGAUAUGGCCCCCUCACAGCUGAUGGCACUACUGCCCCAGAGAUGGUAAAGGAGCCCCCUCGCUCUGAGAUCCUUGAGCAGCCCCCUCGCUCUGAGAUCCUUGAGCAGCCCCUCCUGGGAGAACUGAUGGUGACUGAUGUGACCCCCGACUCCCUGCACCUGUCCUGGACUGUGGCCCAGGGCCCCUUUGACUCCUUCACAGUCCAGUACAAGGAUGCACAGGGGCAGCCCCAGGCUGUGCCUGUCAGGGGGGAUGAGAAUGAAGUCACUGUCCCUGGCCUGGAAUCCAACCGGAAGUAUAAGAUGAACCUCUACGGGCUUCGUGGCAGGCAGCGUGUGGGGCCUGUGUCUGUGGUGGCCAAGACGGCCCCAACAGAUGUUCCAGAUGAGAUCUCCAGUCCUACAGAAGUAGACGAGAGUCCAAGCCCUACAGAACCCAGCACAGAGGCCCCAGAGCCCCCCAGAGAGCCACGCCUGGGGGAGCUGACCGUGACAGAUGCCACCCCCGACUCCCUGAGCCUCUCCUGGACGGUCCCCGAGGGACAGUUUGACCACUUCCUGGUGCAGUACAGGAACGGGGACGGGCAGCCCAAGGUGGUGAGGGUGCCAGGGCAUGAGGACCAGGUCACCAUCUCAGGCCUGGAGCCAGACCACAAGUACAAGAUGAACCUGUAUGGCUUCCACAGCGGCCAGCGCGUGGGCCCCGUGUCUGCCAUUGGGGUGACGGCUACAGAGGAAGAGACGCCCAGCCCCACAGAGCCCAGCACAGAGGCACCAGAGCCCCCCGAGGAGCCACGCCUGGGGGAGCUGACCGUGACAGGAUCCUCUCCAGACUCCCUGAGCCUCUCCUGGACCGUCCCCCAGGGCCACUUUGACUCCUUCAUUGUCCAGUACAAGGACAGUGAUGGGCGGCCCCAGGUGGUGCGUGUUGGAGGCCAGGAGAGGGAGGCCACUGUGGAGAACCUGGAGCCUGGGCGCAAGUACAAGAUGCACCUGUAUGGGGUUCACCAAAGGCAGCGCGUGGGCCCUGUGUCCACCAUGGCAACAACUGACCAGCAAGCAGAAGUGAUCCCUCCAGCCACCGAGCCCCCACUUGAGCCACGCCUGGGAGACCUGACAGUGACAGAUGUGACCCCUAGCUCUGUAAGCCUCUCAUGGACAGUCCCUGAGGGCCAGUUUGACUCCUUUAUGGUCCAGUACAAGGACAGAGAUGGACAGCCCCAGGAGGUACCCGUGGCUGGAGAUGAGCUUGAAGUCACUGUCCCCAAUCUGGAGCCUGCAAGAAAAUACAAGAUGAAUGUCUAUGGACUCCAUGGCAGGCAGCGUGCGGGGCCCCUCUCUGUGGUAGCGGUGACGGAUCCCCUCCCACCAGCACCCAUCUCCAAGGCCCUCGUGGAACCACGCUUGGGGGAGCUGACAGUGACAGACGUGACCACAGACUCCGUGGGCCUCUCCUGGACAGUCCCUGAGGGGGAAUUUGACUCCUUCAUCGUCCAGUACAAGGACAGGGAUGGCCAGCCCCAGGUGGUGCCGGUGGCAGCAGACCAGCGAGAGGUCACUGUCUCCAACCUAGAGCCAUCCCGCAAGUACAAGUUCCUGCUCUUUGGAAUGUGGGAUGGGAGACGACGCAGCCCAGUCUCUGUGGAGACAAAAACAGCUGCCCAAGAUGACGCCAGCCCACCCCGCCUUGGGGAGUUAUGGGUGACAGACACUACUACAGAUUCCCUGCGCCUCUCCUGGACAGUCCCGGAAGGGCAGUUCGACUCUUUUGUGGUGCAGUUCAAGGGCAAGGAUGGGCCCCAGGUGGUGCCUGUGGAGGGCCACGAGCGCUCGGCCACCAUGGCCCCCCUGGACUCUGGCCGCAAGUACAAAUUUCUCCUCUACGGCCUCCUGGGCAAGAAGCGCUUUGGCCCCCUCACUGCAGACGGCACCACAGGGACCCCAGACGCUUAUGACCAUACCAGAACAAAGCAGCUCCCCAAACCUCAACUGGGGGAAGAGCUUCAGGUGACCAGUGUGACCCAAGACUCUGUGAGCCUCUCAUGGACAGUUCCAGAGGGUCAAUUUGACUCCUUCGUGGUCCAGUACAAGGACAGUGAUGGGCAGCCCCAGGUGGUGCCGGUGGAGGGCAGCCUCAGGGAGGUCAGCGUCUCGGGCCUGGACCCUGCCCGUAGGUACAAGCUGCUGCUCUAUGGGUUAUACAACAACAAGCGUGUGGGUCCUCUCUCUGCCAUUGCCACAACUGACUCCAGGGAAAAAUACGAAGCUGAGACUAAGGUUCCAAUCCCUCCCGUGGCUGUGCCCCGCCUGGGCGAGCUGACAGUGGAGGAGGCCAUGCCUGACAGCCUGCAUCUCUCCUGGAUGGUACCUGAGGGACAAUUUGACUCCUUUGAGGUCCAGUACACAGACAGAGAUGGGCAACUCCAAGUGGUCAGUACAGAGGGCGACCAGACUGACAUCACCCUCACUGACCUGGAAUCCGAACACAGAUACCUGGUGACCUUAUAUGGUUUCCAUGACGGACAGCGCGUAGGUCCUGUCCAGAUUGAGGCUGUCACAGUGUCGCAAAGUGAGGAAGAGGAAGAGCCCUCAGAAGCACCUACCACAACUGUGCAGCCUCCCCCCAAGCCGCGCCUGGAGGAGCUGACCGUGACAGAAGCCACCCCCGACUCCCUGAGCCUCUCCUGGACGGUCCCCGAGGGACAGUUUGACCACUUCCUGCUGCAGUACAGGAACGGGGACGGGCAGCCCAAGGUGGUGAGGGUGCCAGGGCAUGAGGACCAGGUCACCAUCUCAGGCCUGGAGCCAGACCACAAGUACAAGAUGAACCUGUAUGGCUUCCACAGCGGCCAGCGCGUGGGCCCCGUGUCUGCCAUUGGGGUGACGGCUACAGAGGAAGAGACGCCCAGCCCCACAGAGCCCAGCACAGAGGCACCAGAGCCCCCCGAGGAGCCGCUCCUGGGGGAGCUGACCGUGACAGGAUCCUCUCCAGACUCCUUGAGCCUCUCCUGGACCGUCCCCCAGGGCCACUUUGACUCCUUCACUGUCCAGUACAAGGACAGUGAUGGGCGGCCCCAGAUGGUGCGAGUUGGAGGUCAGGAGAGGGAGGCCACUGUGGAGAACCUGGAGCCUGGGCGCAAGUACAAGAUGCACCUGUAUGGAAUCUACCAGGGGCAGCGCGUGGGCCCCGUGUCCACUGUGGCAACAACUGUCCCUGAAGAGCAGCCCCUUGGCCCUCCACUUCCUAAGCCUCGCCUGGGAGAGAUGACCGUGACAGAUGCCACCCCCGACUCCCUGAGCCUCUCCUGGACGGUCCCCGAGGGACAGUUUGACCACUUCCUGCUGCAGUACAGGAACGGGGACGGGCAGCCCAAGGUGGUGAGGGUGGCAGGGCAUGAGGACCAGGUCACCAUCUCAGGCCUGGAGCCAGACCACAAGUACAAGAUGAACCUGUAUGGCUUCCACAGCGGCCAGCGCGUGGGCCCCGUGUCUGCCAUUGGGGUGACGGCUACAGAGGAAGAGACCCCUAGCCCCAUAGAACCCAGCACAGAGGCACCAGAGUCCCCUGAGGAGCCGCUCCUGGGAGAGCUGACCGUGACAGGAUCCUCUCCAGACUCCCUGAGCCUCUCCUGGACCAUCCCCCAGGGCCACUUUGACUCCUUCACUGUCCAGUACAAGGACAGUGAUGGGCGGCCCCAGGUGGUGCGUGUUGGAGGCCAGGAGAGGGAGGCUACUGUGGAGAACCUGGAGCCUGGACGCAAGUACAAGAUGCACCUGUAUGGAAUCUACCAGGGGCAGCGCAUGGGCCCCGUGUCCACCGUGGCAACAACUGAGGAACAAGCUGUGAGCACCCAAGCAGUGCCCACCACAACCCCUGAGCCUCCCCCUAAGCCUCGCCUGGGGGAGCUGACCGUGACAGAAGCCACCCCCGACUCCCUGAGCCUCUCCUGGACGGUCCCCGAGGGACAGUUUGACCACUUCCUGCUGCAGUACAGGAACGGGGACGGGCAGCCCAAGGUGGUGAGGGUGGCAGGGCAUGAGGACCAGGUCACCAUCUCAGGCCUGGAGCCAGACCACAAGUACAAGAUGAACCUGUAUGGCUUCCACAGCGGCCAGCGCGUGGGCCCCGUGUCUGCCAUUGGGGUGACGGCUACAGAGGAAGAGACGCCCAGCCCCACAGAGCCCAGCACAGAGGCACCAGAGCCCCCCGAGGAGCCGCUCCUGGGAGAGCUGACCGUGACAGGAUCCUCUCCAGACUCCCUGAGCCUCUCCUGGACCGUCCCCCAGGGCCACUUUGACUCCUUCACUGUCCAGUACAAGGACAGUGAUGGGCGGCCCCAGGUGGUGCGUGUUGGAGGCCAGGAGAGGGAGGCCACUGUGGAGAACCUGGAGCCUGGGCGCAAGUACAAGAUGCACCUGUAUGGAAUCUACCAGGGGCGGCGCGUGGGCCCCGUGUCUGCCAUAGGCAACACCGAACACCAAGCUGUGAGCACCCAAGCAGUGCCCACCACAACCCCCGAGCCUCCCCCCAAGCCUCGCCUGGGGGAGCUGACCGUGACAGAUGCCACCCCCGACUCCCUGAGCCUCUCCUGGACGGUCCCCGAGGGACAGUUUGACCACUUCCUGGUGCAGUACAGGAACGGGGACGGGCAGCCCAAGGUGGUGAGGGUGCCAGGGCAUGAGGACCAGGUCACCAUCUCAGGCCUGGAGCCAGACCACAAGUACAAGAUGAACCUGUAUGGCUUCCACAGCGGCCAGCGCGUGGGCCCCGUGUCUGCCAUUGGGGUGACGGCUACAGAGGAAGAGACGCCCAGCCCCACAGAGCCCAGCACAGAGGCACCAGAGCCCCCCGAGGAGCCGCUCCUGGGAGAGCUGACCGUGACAGGAUCCUCUCCAGACUCCCUGAGCCUCUCCUGGACCGUCCCCCAGGGCCACUUUGACUCCUUCACUGUCCAGUACAAGGACAGUGAUGGGCGGCCCCAGGUGGUGCGUGUUGGAGGCCAGGAGAGGGAGGCCACUGUGGAGAACCUGGAGCCUGGGCGCAAGUACAAGAUGCACCUGUAUGGAAUCUACCAGGGGCGGCGCGUGGGCCCCGUGUCUGCCAUAGGCAACACCGAGGAACAAGCUGUGAGCACCCAACCAGUGCCCACCACAACGCCCGAGCCUCCCCGCAAGCCUCGCCUGGGGGAGCUGACCGUGACAGAAGCCACCCCAGACUCCCUGAGCCUCUCUUGGACGGUCCCCGAGGGACAGUUUGACCACUUCCUGCUGCAGUACAGGAACGGGGACGGGCAGCCCAAGGUGGUGAGGGUGCCAGGGCAUGAGGACCAGGUCACCAUCUCAGGCCUGGAGCCAGACCACAAGUACAAGAUGAACCUGUAUGGCUUCCACAGCGGCCAGCGCGUGGGCCCCGUGUCUGCCAUUGGGGUGACGGAUGCAGAGGAAGAGACGCCCAGCCCCACAGAGCCCAGCACAGAGGCACCAGAGCCCCCCGAGGAGCCGCUCCUGGGGGAGCUGACCGUGACAGGAUCCUCUCCAGACUCCCUGAGCCUCUCCUGGACCGUCCCCCAGGGCCACUUUGACUCCUUCACUGUCCAGUACAAGGACAGUGAUGGGCGGCCCCAGAUGGUGCGAGUUGGAGGCCAGGAGAGGGAGGCCACUGUGGAGAACCUGGAGCCUGGGCGCAAGUACAAGAUGCACCUGUAUGGAAUCUACCAGGGGCAGCGCGUGGGCCCCGUGUCCACUGUGGCCACAACUGUCCCUGAAGAGCAGCCCCUUGGCCCUCCACUUCCUAAGCCUCGCCUGGGAGAGAUGACAGUGACAGAUGCCACCCCCGACUCCCUGAGCCUCUCCUGGACGGUCCCCGAGGGACAGUUUGACCACUUCCUGCUGCAGUACAGGAACGGGGACGGGCAGCCCAAGGUGGUGAGGGUGCCAGGGCAUGAGGACCAGGUCACCAUCUCAGGCCUGGAGCCAGACCACAAGUACAAGAUGAACCUGUAUGGCUUCCACAGCGGCCAGCGCGUGGGCCCCGUGUCUGCCAUUGGGGUGACGGAUGCAGAGGAAGAGACGCCCAGCCCCACAGAGCCCAGCACAGAGGCACCAGAGCCCCCCGAGGAGCCGCUCCUGGGGGAGCUGACCGUGACAGGAUCCUCUCCAGACUCCCUGAGCCUCUCCUGGACCGUCCCCCAGGGCCACUUUGACUCCUUCACUGUCCAGUACAAGGACAGUGAAGGGCGGCCCCAGGUGGUGCGAGUUGGAGGCCAGGAGAGGGAGGCCACUGUGGAGAACCUGGAGCCUGGACGCAAGUACAAGAUGCACCUGUAUGGAAUCUACCAGGGGCGGCGCGUGGGCCCCGUGUCCGCCAUAGGCAACACCGAGGAACAAGCUGUGAGCACCCAACCAGUGCCCACCACAAUGCCCGAGCCUCCCCGCAAGCCUCGCCUGGGGGAGCUGACCGUGACAGAUGCCACCCCCGACUCCCUGAGCCUCUCCUGGACGGUCCCCGAGGGACAGUUUGACCACUUCCUGCUGCAGUACAGGAACGGGGACGGGCAGCCCAAGGUGGUGAGGGUGCCAGGGCAUGAGGACCAGGUCACCAUCUCAGGCCUGGAGCCAGACCACAAGUACAAGAUGAACCUGUAUGGCUUCCACAGCGGCCAGCGCGUGGGCCCCGUGUCUGCCAUUGGGGUGACGGAUGCAGAGGAAGAGACGCCCAGCCCCACAGAGCCCAGCACAGAGGCACCAGAGCCCCCCGAGGAGCCGCUCCUGGGGGAGCUGACCGUGACAGGAUCCUCUCCAGACUCCCUGAGCCUCUCCUGGACCGUCCCCCAGGGCCACUUUGACUCCUUCACUGUCCAGUACAAGGACAGUGAUGGGCGGCCCCAGAUGGUGCGAGUUGGAGGCCAGGAGAGGGAGGCCACUGUGGAGAACCUGGAGCCUGGGCGCAAGUACAAGAUGCACCUGUAUGGAAUCUACCAGGGGCGGCGCGUGGGCCCCGUGUCCGCCAUAGGCAACACCAAGGAACAAGCUGUGAGCACCCAACCAGUGCCCACCACAACCCCUGAGCCUCCCCCUAAGCCUCGCCUGGGGGAGCUGACCGUGACAGAUGCCACCCCCGACUCCCUGAGCCUCUCCUGGACGGUCCCCGAGGGACAGUUUGACCACUUCCUGGUGCAGUACAGGAACGGGGACGGGCAGCCCAAGGUGGUGAGGGUGCCAGGGCAUGAGGACCAGGUCACCAUCUCAGGCCUGGAGCCAGACCACAAGUACAAGAUGAACCUGUAUGGCUUCCACAGCGGCCAGCGCGUGGGCCCCGUGUCUGCCAUUGGGGUGACAGAUGCAGAGGAAGAGACGCCCAGCCCCACAGAGCCCAGCACAGAGGCACCAGAGCCCCCCGAGGAGCCGCUCCUGGGGGAGCUGACCGUGACAGGAUCCUCUCCAGACUCCCUGAGCCUCUCCUGGACCGUCCCCCAGGGCCACUUUGACUCCUUCACUGUCCAGUACAAGGACAGUGAUGGGCGGCCCCAGGUGGUGCGUGUGGAGGCUGAGGAGAGAGAGGCCACCAUUGGAGACCUGGAGCCUGGGCGCAAGUACAAGAUGCACCUGUAUGGGGUCCACCAAGGUCAGCGCGUAGGCCCGGUGUCCACCGUGGGAGUAACUGCCUCCUUGCCCACACAGCCCCCGGUGGAGCCCCGCCUUGGGGAACUGGCUGUGGCAGAGGUGACUUCUGACACCGUGCGCCUGUCUUGGACUGUGGCCCAGGGCCUCUUCGAUUCCUUCCUGGUUCAGUACAAAGAUGCACAUGGGCAGCCCCAGACAGUGCCUGUGAACAGAGACCUGCGUGAGGCCACCAUCUCUGGUCUGGACCCAUCCCGCAAGUACAAGUUCCUGCUCUUUGGACUCCAGGAUGGGAAGCGCCGUGGCCCCAUUUCUGUGGAAGCAAAGACCAUGCCAGACACAAAGCCCUCUCCCCGCCUGGGGGAGCUGACAGUGACAGAUGUGACCACGGACUCCGUGGGCCUCUCCUGGACAGUCCCUGAGGGGGAAUUUGACUCCUUCCUAGUCCAGUACAAGGACAGGGAUGGGCAGCCCCAGGUGGUGCCCGUGGCAGCAGACCAGCGAGAGGUCACUGUCCCGAGUCUGGAGCCACAUAGGAAAUACAAGUUCCUGCUCUACGGCCUGGCAGGCAGGAAGCGGCUGGGCCCCAUCUCUGCAGAAGGCACUACAGCACCCCUGGAGAAGACGCCACAGCCCCCACCCCGCCUUGGGGAACUGGCAGUGACAGAGGAGACCUCAGACUCGCUGCGGCUCUCAUGGACGGUGGCCCAGGGCCUCUUUGACUCCUUCCUGAUCCAGUACAGGGACAGGGAUGGUCAGCCUCAGGCAGUGCCUGUGACUGCAGACCAGCGGGAAGUCACUGUCCAAGGCCUGGAGCCUGGCAGGAAAUACAAGUUUCUGCUCUAUGGGCUCUCCGGAGGGAAGCGCCUGGGUCCUGUCUCUGCCCUGGGAGUAACAGCCCCAGAAGAGGCAAUGCCGACCCCCGAGGGCUCAGAGCCCAGUGAAGCACCCCGCCUAGGGCUCCUGACUGUGACCAAAGCAACGCCAGACUCUCUGAGCCUCGAGUGGAGUGUGACCCAGGGCCCGUUUGACUCCUUCGUGGUCCAGUAUCAGGACACAGAUAGGCAGACCCAGGCCUUGCUCGUGGACGGUGACCAGAACCAAGUCCUCAUCUCAGGCCUGGAGCCCAGCACCUCCUACAAGUUCUUCCUCUACGGUCUGCAUGAAGGGAAGCGCCAGGGGCCCAUCUCUGCGGAGGGCAUCACAGGGUCAGCUCCUGCUGGCCAGACCCCGGGGGACCCAGGGCCCCGUCUCUCCCAGCUGUCGGUGACUGAUGUGACCACCAUUUCUCUACGGCUCAACUGGGAGGCUCCACUUGGGGCCUUCGAUUCCUUCCUGCUUCGCUUUGGGGUCCCAUCACCUCGCACCCUGGAGCCACAUCCACGUCCGCUGCUACAGCGGGAGUUGGUGGUCCCGGGGACCCGGCGCACGGCCAUACUCCGGGACCUGCGGCCGGGGACCUUGUACAGUCUCACUCUGUACGGCCUGCGGGGGCCUCACAAAGCUGACAGCAUCCAGGGCACUGCCCGGACCCUCAGCCCAGUUUUGGAGAGCCCCAGAGACCUCCAAUUCACCGAAAUCGGAGAGACCUCAGCCCAGGUCAACUGGGUGCCACCAUUAUCCAGGGUGGACAGCUUCAAAGUUUCCUACCAGCUGGCAGAUGGAGGAGAGCCCCAGAGCGUGCAGGUGGAUGGCCGGGCCCAGUCCCAGAAGCUCCAGGGUCUGAUCCCAGGAGCUCGCUAUGAGGUCACUGUGGUCUCUGUCCGUGGAUUUGAGGAGAGUGAGCCGCUCACAGGCUUCCUCACCACAGUUCCCGAUGGCCCAACCCAGCUUCGUGCGCUGAACUUGACGGAGGGGUCUGCCCUGCUGCACUGGAAGGCCCCCCAGAACCCUGUGGAUGCAUACAACGUUCAGGUGUCCGCCCCUGGAGCUCCAUCACUCCAGGCCUCAGCGCCUGGCAGUGCUGUGGACUACCCACUGCGUGACCUGGUGACCCACAUCAACUACACCGCCACUGUGCGUGGCCUCCGGGGUCCCAACUUCACCUCCCCGGCCAGCAUCACCUUCACCACUGGGUUGAAGGCCCCCCAGGACUUGGAGGCCAAGGAUGUGACUCCUCGGACAGCACUGCUCACUUGGACCGAACCCCAAGUCCCACCCACAGGCUACCUGCUCAGCUUUGACACACCUGGCGGGCAGACCCAGGAGAUCCUGCUCCCCGCAGGGGUUACCUCACACCGGCUUCUCCGCCUCUAUCCCUCCACCCUCUACAAUGCUCGGCUCCAGGCCGUGUGGGGCGAGAGCCUCACGCCACCCGUGUCCACCUCCUUCACCACGGGUGGGCUGCGGGUCCCUUUCCCCCGGGACUGCGGGGAGGAGAUGCAGAAUGGGCCCAGCACCUCGAGGACCACCACCGUCUUCCUCAACGGCAACCGCGAGCGGCCCCUGGAUGUGUUCUGUGACAUGGAGACUGAUGGGGGCGGCUGGCUGGUGUUCCAGCGCCGCAUGAAUGGAAAGACAGACUUCUGGAGGGACUGGGAAGAGUAUGCUCACGGUUUUGGGAACAUCUCUGAAGAGUUCUGGCUGGGCAACGAAGCCCUACACAGCCUCACACAGUCUGGUGACUACUCCAUGCGUGUGGACCUCCGCACUAGGGAUGAGGCGGUGUUCGCCCAGUAUGACUCCUUCCAAGUAGACUCAGCGGCUGAGAACUACCGGCUCCACCUAGAGGGCUACCAUGGCACUGCAGGGGACUCUAUGAGCUACCACAGUGGCAGUGUCUUUUCGGCCCGUGAUCGAGACCCCAACAACCUGCUCAUCUCCUGUGCGGUCUCCUACCGUGGAGCCUGGUGGUAUAGGAACUGCCACUAUGCCAACCUCAACGGGCUCUACGGGAGUGUGGUGGACCACCAGGGAGUGAGCUGGUACCACUGGAAGGGCUUCGACUUCUCAGUGCCCUUCACGGAAAUGAAGCUAAGACCAAGAAGCUACCAGCCCCCUGCCAGAGGAGGCUGAGCUGCUACCCACCUCUCUUGCACCCCAGUAUGACUGCCGAGCACUGAGGGGUCGUGCGCAGAGAAGAGCCAGGAGCCUUCACCACCCAGCCUCCUGAAGCAGCCUUCUCUGCCCAUGAUCUCACAGCACCAUGUUUACAGGGGGGAGGGGAAGGGUUGGUACGGGUGCAAUAAAGGAAAAACUGAGGCA